AUGAGACCCAAGUAGGGUGCUAGCGGGAGAAGGACGAAAAUGAAAAGGGGUGACGGGGUGAAGAGCGGCCGAGGCUUUGAUGACAGCUCGGAGUGGGUCUUCGACUCGCAGGGGCCCGCGAGACCCGGGAACCUUCCAUUGUGCGCGCCCCUCCACCCCACCCACUCCCCACUCCCUUCACCUCCUCCCCUCCCCGCGCCCGAGCCGGAGCCCGAGCCCUCACAGCUCCGGGCCGCAGCACCCGUUGUCGCCUGUUCCCCCCCUUUGCCCGAGUGGUUACCAGUGACUCAGGAACUGAGCUUCCGAAAAUUUAUCGAACAAUCUGAUUUACUAGAGGAACUUAAAUAUGACUUCAAUGAAAAAGCUGAAUUGAGACACACUGAGACACAUACGCCUUUUGUCUUUAACUAUUAUAAAAAUGUCCUGGAGAGGAAUAGCAAGCGCUACCAGGCCCUUGGCCUUUUGCUUGACCAAUACAUUUAUGAACUUUUGGAAAAAGUGUGCAAAUUACAAAAAGUAUAUAUCCCACCAGAGGCUGAUAAGGAACCAAGAAGCUUCUUUUUCAUGAGUGAGAGAGCAUUAACAAAUCAUCAUUCUGCUCUUCUUGUCCUUCUUCAAGACCGUGGGGUCUUUAGAGCUGGUCAGUGGAGUCAGCAGGCAGUAAUACAUCAUGGUCUCCAACAUGGAAGUCAGAUACCAUGUAUUCAAAUGGCAUUGCAGGCACAUUAUGAUGUAAUUGUGCUAAACCCCAAUGACAAUUUUGUGGACCUACAGACAGAAAAAGAGUGGAAAGGCCUUUUAACACAAAAUGUUGAGUCCUCUUCCAGAAAAAUGGUUCAGACUGAGAGCUUUUUAUCUCUCCAGCAGUCUCUCCAAUGUAUUCCAAAAAGAUGCAGCAACACUCCUGAAGAACACAUGGCUUAUAUUUGGGAUUACUUCAUUUCAAAGGCUGAAGGCAAGGAUGUUGCCUUCAUUGUACAUGGUUAUGGAGGCUUGGUUUUUAUGGACUUGCUUGUUCGUAGAAAGUGGGAAGUAAUGAGCAAAGUAUAUGCUGUUGCACUUAUUGACUCUGAACAUCACGUAGGACACCAGCUGGGGAGUGACAUCCAGUUAUUAGCAUGGAUAAAGCACCACUGCCGUGAAUGGGUGACAAGUCCAAAGCCUUUGGAUAAACCUGCAGCUACUGUUUUGAAAAAGGAGUUUCCCAUAUUUUCUGCUGGUACAGAAAAAUACAACUUAGCCCCUUCCUCUAGCCUUCAGUCAAUUUUUAAAUACUUUAGAAAAGCUUUGAAAGCCAAAGCAGCUAUUAAUUUCUCUCGAGUGCCCAUAGUAACUAGAAGCUCCACAAAAAGAAAGCAAAGUGCUUAAGUUACUUUUUUACCAUCUAAGACUGUUUUGUCCCACUGAAACUUUGCUAAUGUAGAUGCUAGAAGAAAAAGAAUACUUCCAACUCAUAGGCAGUAUGUUCUGGCUUGAAAUUUGAUUUGUUAACUUUUUUAAAAAGUGAGUAUGUUCUCUUCAGUAGCCUAUUGAUGAACCCAGAAGUCAGUCAGUACUAUCAUUAAUAUUUUACAGUAUUAGUCAAAUUAAGAGUAGUCUAAUUAGAGGCUCUUCUUUUGAAAAGAUUUCUCAGUUUCAUAGAAUGACACCAAAACUGUAGUUGAUAGAAAUUAAAGACUAAGUCAAUCUUUGACUUCUGCAUUAUUAAUGCUAUAUUUAAAAUAUAAGUGAACAUAAAAAUUA